AUGGUCUCUGUUGGUUUCUACUGGCAUGUGUUGGGUUCUAUUGGUGGGAAGAAGAAGAAGAAGAAGAAGAAGAAGAAGAAGAAGAAGAAGAAGAAGAAGAAGAAGAAGAAGAAGAAGAAGGAGCUCGCGUGUGAUGUGUUUGUGUAUCCUCAGUGUUUUUCUCUCUUGAGUGUUUUAUUGAGUGUAAACAGAGUCUUGUCUCUGUGUAUUUUAGUGUUGAUGAUGAUGGAUGAGAUGUGCUGUAAAUCAGUAGGAACUGAUCUGUCCAUGCUGGAUAUUGAUGAUUUCAUCACAGAAAUCUCUCAGCUGAAGAAAGAGGUGGCGUUACUGGAGACAAAGCUGAGGUUAAGAGGAGAUGAAGGACUGAAGAGAGAGGACUCCGAGCUCAGUCUGACUUUACUCUGUUAUACUGAGUCAAAGCCCACAGACGCUCAGGACACUACAGUGUGUGACAGUAAUCAGGGUUUACAGGAUGAGGAAUCUACUGAUCAAACCUCCACAGAGUCUCUGGAUUCUGUCUGGAACGCUGGAGAACAGCAGCAGAUCCUGCAGACCAAACUCAAGAUGUGUUCAGUCAAACUCAUCGACUGCAGGAACCUCAUGAUGGAGACGGGAAGAGAAACCACAGAAGAGAAAGAUCACACUGAUUACAAUGAAGACAAUCAUGAUGAUGAUGAGGAGGAGGAUAAUUAUGACAACGCUGAUGAUGAUUUUAUUCCUUCAGAUGAGAAAAGUGAUUCAUGUUCUGAGGGAGAAAUAACGUCCUCAACAUCAAAAGAGCGACAGACAGCACAAACAUUUUCGUGCACCACCUGUGGAAAGACAUUGAGCUCACAGAGACAUUUAAAGAGACAUGAGAGAAAACACAAUAAAGAGAAACGCUUUACCUGCAGGAGAUGUAAGAUCAGCUUUACUACCUUACAAGAACAGAGAUGUCAUUAUUCAGAAGAGCACAGAGAGAAAAAGAAGACGACAAAGAAGUUGUUUGCCUGUGAGCAUUGUGGGAAGAAUUUUGUCUUCUUAUCUUAUCUAAAAAUUCAUAUGAAGACACACAGUAGUGUAAAGUCUUUCAACUGCACUGAAUGUGACAAAUAUUUCACCAACAAAGGAAACCUUGUUGCUCAUCAGAGAAUUCACACAGGAGAAAAACCAUACGAGUGUCCUCACUGUGAGAAGAGAUUCAACCACAAACCUCAUCUGAAGAACCACGUGCGUAUCCACACCAAUGAGAGACCGUAUCAGUGCAGUGAAUGUGGAAAAACUUUUACAGGGAACUGCUCAUUAAAGUCACACCAAAAAAUACACAGUGAGAAGAAACCCUAUCAAUGUUCACACUGUGAUAAAGGUUUUCGUCAGAAAGGUCAGCUGAUAAUCCAUGAGAGAGUUCACACCAGAGAGAAACCUUAUCUCUGCUCUCACUGUGGUAAGACGUUCUCCAGUCCAACUUCUUUCAGUGUCCAUCUGAGAGUUCACACUGGAGAGAAACCUUAUCACUGUAAUGUCUGUGGGAAGAGUUUUAAUAGACAGUCUAACUUUGUAUUGCACCAGAGAACUCAUACAGGAGAAAGACUUUACAAAUGCUCUCAGUGUGAGAAGACGUUUGCUCGAUCAGAUGUCCUGAGAACCCAUGAGAGAGUUCACACUGGAGAGAAACCUUACCACUGCUUGAUCUGUGGAGAGAGAUUUGCCUAUUUAGGAAGUUUUUAUACUCACAAGAAGAAACAUACUGAAGAACAAACUACACUGCAAUCAUCAUAGUAUCUUUUAACUUUGUAAAUUAUUGAGUUUAAAUGCACAGUUCUUAAAUUCUUGUCUUUUUGUAAAAUCUAGUUUCUGUUAUACACUAUAUUGCCAAAAGUUAAGGGACACCUGCCUUUUUAUGCACAUGAACCUGAAUAACAUCCCAUUCUUAAUCCAUGGGGUUUAAUAUGGAGUUGGCCGACCCUUUGCAGCUAUAACAGCUUCAGCUCUUCUUGGAAGGCUUUCCACAAGGUUUAGGAGUGUGUUUAUGGGAAAUAUUGACCAUUCUUCUAAAAGCACAUUUGUAAGGUCAGACACUGAUGUUAGGUGAGAAGGCCUCGCUCACAGUCUCGCUCUAAUUCAUCCCAAAGAUGUUCUGUUAGGUUGAGGUCAGGACUCUGUGCAGCCCAGUCAAGUUCCCCCACACCAAACUCGCUCAUCCAUGUCUUUAUGGAUCUUGCUUUUUGCACUGGUGCACAGUCAUGUUAGAACAGGAAGGGGUCAUUCCCAAACUGUUCCCAAAAAGUUGGGAGCAAGAAACUGUCAAAAAUGUCUUUGUAUGAAGAAGCAUUAAGAGUUUCUUUUACUGGAACUAAGGGGCUAAACCCUAGAACAAUCCCAUACCAUAAUCCCUCUCAACCAAACUUUACACUUGGCACAAUGCAGUCAGGCAAGUACCGUUCUCCUGGCAACCACCAAUGCCAGACUUGUCCAUCAGAUUGCCAGACUUCUCUAGAGUCCAGUGGAGUUACACCAUUGCAUCCAACGCUUUGCAUUGAACUUGGCUAUGCAGCUGCUCGGCAAUGGAAACCCAUUCCAUGAAGUUCUUUUUUGGGGUUCUUUUUGCCUGAAUUACUGCAGCAAUGCGGCGUGGCAUGGAGUCGAUCAGUCUGUGGCACUGCUCAGGUGUUAUGAGAGCCCAUAAAGGGUGACCAUAUAAAUCGCCAAAUACGACUUCCGGAAGAUGUACCCGAAAUCCUGGCCUGGACCCUUCCCAGGAAAAUGGCUUCUUUGACUGCAGCUAACGUGUAUUGACAAAAUAUUUUAACAUUUAGAGAAAGCUUAAUGUUAAAACCUGAGGGCCAAGUACUCAAUUAAAGGAAACUUUGAUCACUAUAAUGGUGACUUCAAACAAGCCCUGACAGAAAUAAAGUCAAACUGGUUUGUAAUAAGUGAAGAUGUUAAUGGUGUUUGUGUUUAAUCAUCUUGAAUGUGUUUAUCUGUUACUUACUGUUAAUAUUCAACUGUAGUUCAGUUGUACGUGUGUUUCUGUUGCUCUCAUCUCUUCUUGUUCAUCUUUUCCUCAGUGAUUGUGUUUGUUAACAGCAGGUGUUCAUGGGAUAGCUUCACGGUCACGGAUGUAUUUUUAAUUCCAUGUUUUGCUUGUUUGAUUACAUGUGUUUAUGAUGUUUAUUUUUCAUUGUAUCUGGUGCCUGUUUGUGGGGGGUGGUUCUUCUCCCUUUUUUCUUGUGUAUAAUAUAUCUUUGUAUACUUUGAAAUUUUUAUUUGUUUUAUGUGUAAUUAAAAACUGUUAUAAAUAAAAAAAAUACAGCAGGUGUUCAUCAUUAAUGUUCAUUCAAAACAUCACAUUUGACUCCGGUUGCAUUCCAAUUCAAGGUCUGGAUCUUUCUAAGGCCGUGGACUAUUGAAGGAUUUUAUGUAUAUUUCUUUUAUGUGUAAUCAAUGUCUGAUGCUUAACAUUGCAACUGUGCCCUGAUGUUAUCAACCUUCUGAUUACAUUACAACUGUGCCCUGAUGUAAUUAACAUAUAUGUCUGCAGUGAAGGUGUGAACCAAAUGGCCUAUAGAAACUGAUCAGUGUGAAUAACAAAGAAUCACCAUUCCUCAGUGUAGACUGCUCGAUAGACCAAUCUCCUGUAGGAGGUCCUAACAGGUUUCUAUUGUUUGUAGGCCUUUUGUUAUCAAGCAUAAAGUUCUGUCCUACAGACAGAACUUUGGGUUAAGAAUGUAGAAGGUUGACACGACAACAUCGCUCCUGAAGAACUAUGCUACA